AUGGUUACCGGAAAUUUCAUUGCUGCAGCAUUCUCCAUAGGAACGUACCCACUACGUUCGGACAACCACGUGACCUACGCGAAACAUUCCUGGAGGGAUAGACCCAGGAGAUCUCUCCCAGACGGUGUUCCUGAUGGCAAUCUUAAGAAAAACGGCAAUGGUCGACCAUCACUUGAGAGCCAUGAGUCGUCGAUGGUGGAGGAGCCUAGGUACCAUUUAUAUUGUUUGGACCAAGAAGAUCGGAAAGAUCCCUCACAGAAUUGGCUGUGCCCAGACUGCUCGAAGAAAUCUUCAUCUGCCGUGACAAAAGCCGAUUUCGGUCUUAUAUUAGCAGAACUGAGGAGCAUAAAGCAGUCCCAAGGCCAACUACGUCAUGAGAUCAACGACAAAUACGAUCUACUGAGUGUAGAAAUAGCAAAAUGCAGCACAACUUUGGCUACACACGGAUCUCAGAUUGCUGAAAAUUCUUCGGCGAUUGCAGCUGUUCAGCAACACCAAUCUCUCAUGCGGUCGGUCCUCGACGAGCUGCAGACAAAAACUGUCCAGUUCGAAGACAGGAUUACAUUGCAUGCGCAGUCUUAUGUCAAAUCACCAUCACUCUCUGGCCAAGAACUAAAUGAGCGUUUAUCGCGCACGAAGAAUAUCAUGAUGUAUGGGCUUGCCGAGAAGGAUGAAAAUCACGACAAGACAUCUGUUACCGAAAUGUUGACCCUGCUGAAUGUCACUGAAGUCCCGUCCAGAAUGAUGAGAGUUGGACAAAUCAAAGAUAAUAAACACCGCCCUCUUAAAAUUAUCUUCAACUCUAACAAAAUUGCCACUACGAUUUUGCGUGAUGGCGGCUUAGCACAUACUCCUGAAGGCGAUAUAGAUUUCGGUAAUUUGAAUUUGUGCAAUGUCAAAACACCUAUUUUGAGAAAGGAUGCUGCAAACAAGGAAUACGUGGACCAGAUAAAAAAUAACAUGAAACAGUCCCUAGCGCGAAUCCAGACAGAUUUCAAGAGUGCAACUGAUGUUAGAGAGUUCGAAAUGCCUCCUAAUAGUAAAUAUAUCAGCAAUUGCAGCAGCAUCAGUAGUGUUGACAUAGAGUUUGAUGAUGGUGAUAGCAGUAAUAGUAGUGAUGAUUAUAAAAAGACUCUCGAGGCCAUCGAUCACGCCUUGAACAGGUACGAGAAUGCAGCCCAGCAAGAAUUCGAUGAUGCUUCAGAGCAAUUUUUGGCGAGGGAACAGAAAAAUCACGUGGAUAAACGUGAUUCCGUCGGCCUUAUCCAAACUCUCAAUAUGAACGAAAAACUCGAGAAGAUUGCAGGAGAAAGAAAUGACUCAUUCAGUGAGAAGGUCGUUUUACGUAUUAAAGACGUGGAUCUCGUUGCUGCGGAGGGCAGAUAUCACACGUCGUGCUUGAAGAGAUUUUUCGCUCGUCCGCCUUCAACACGUGAAAAGGGCCGACCCGAAAAUGAAGACGUCGUUGCUGUAAUGAAUCACAUUUUUUCGUAUAUUGAAGAACAUCGAGAAGAAUGCCAGUUUUCGGUGAAAGAAAUACUAGUAGGCUAUGAAGGUAACCUUCCGACGAAUACGACAAUAAUUAACAAACUUGAGAAAAAAUAUGGUGAGGACAUGAUUAUCACAGCAAAACGAAAAAGUGAGCCCAUCAUCUCUUUUCGCGAUACUGGGCAUAAAAUCUUAACAAAACAUUGGUAUGAAAAUCAAGAGGAGAAUGUGAUAGAUGAGCGUUUAAGAAUCGUGAAGGCGGCUGCACAAAUAAUAACUGAGGACAUCAGAUCGCGCGUAUAUGAAACGAAACAAUAUUCUGCGUCGGAAACAUUCUUAGCCAAUAUCGAGAGUGACAUUCCGGAAACUCUGAAAGCUCUUCUUCACACGAUCAUCACGAAGAAUAAACGCGGAGAGCAGGAUAAAUGGAAUGCGAAGAUAACAGCGAUUGCACAUGCAAUUAUAGCCGCAGCGAGGCCAAAGUCCUUCUUGUCGUCUCUUCAAAUCGGCCUUGGAGCGUUCUUUAGUAGAAAAUAUGGAUCCAAAGAUCUUUUGAAAGUAUUGUCGGCUUUAGGAUUCUGCGCUUCUUACGAAGAAAUAGUGACAUUCGAGACGUCAGCUUUAUUCCAUCCGCAGAAAACAAUAAUGAACAACUCAUUCUCGCAAUUCGUAUUCGAUAAUGCAGAUGUUAAUAUCAAUACCAUCGACGGUUUGAAUACUUUUCAUACGAUGGGAGGAAUCCAGUGCGUAACUCCUUCUACGACUGUUUCUUCGGAUGGAAAAAUCAAGAGGCUGUCCAAUAUUCCACGUGCCCAUACGAUCGGACAAUUCGGUAAUGUUCCUUUGAGAACAUUUCACAAGACCGGUAAUAAUGGAUUGACAAGAAUAAACAUAAAAGAUGUAAACGAGAUCAAUCCCAUCUCCAGUAGAGUUAGUUUACUAUCCAGCGAUUUUUUCUGGCUGUAUGGAAAAACGAACGGUAUGCCAACUAUCCCAGGCUGGAAUGGUUAUAUGGAACAAAUCACGUCACACAUGAUAUAUUCAAAGUCACGUCUACUGUAUUUACCGUUCGUUAAAGCACCCCCAAGCAAUCAUGAUACGAUAUAUACCGUUCUUCUUAACGCGGCUGAGAAAUGCAAGUCGUUGGGUCAAAGCAGCUGUUUCGUAACAUUCGAUCAGCCGCUCUAUAUCAAGGCUCGGGAUAUCAUCGCAUCUGUCCCUGAGAGCUCCGAUCUGAGCGCAGUUAUAGUCAGACUUGGUGGCUUCCAUCUACUUAUGUCAUUCAUGGGUUCAAUAGGCUACAUCAUGGACGGAAGUGGACUGAGAGACCUUUUCAACGUCGUUUAUGCAACUGCGUCUACGGAAAAAAUGUUGACUGGUCAUGCGUAUGCAAGGGCCUUAAGAGCACAUAUUCUAGCUCAUGUAGCUCUCGCCAAGAUUGUCUUCUCUGCGGUGGGCUUUACUACGGAGGAACGUGCAGAUAUGGAAGAUGCUCUUUCAAAUAUCGGUAAUCCGUUAUUCUUGGACAGGAUUGAAGGGGAACAUUUCGAGGAUACAAUAAGGAAAUUCACCGAGACGUUGAACGGGCUCGCAGAGAAUGGACCAACAGCCAAACUGUGGGUGCAAUAUUUCGACAUGGUCACCUUGGUGAAACAGUUCAUCCAAGCGGAAAGAACAGGAAACUGGGACUUGCACCUGAAGACGAUACAAAGAAUGCUACCAUACUUUCACGCCAGCGGUCACUUUUUGUAUGCGAAGUCUGCUCAACUAUAUCUGCAAGAUAUGCUCGAUCUAAGGACGAAUAUGACUCCCAUGGAAUAUAGCCGCUUCGUGAAUGAAGGAUAUUUUACAAUUAGGCGUUCUGAGAAGUUCUGGUGUGGCAUAUGGUCAGACAUGACGAUAGAACAGACUCUCAUGAGAUCUAUGAAAUCGACUGGUGGUUUGACACACGGCCUAGGAAUCACCGACAGUGUCCUGGCGAAAUGGAUUCUUGCAAUGCCUGUUCUUGCGGAAGUGUCUGAGGCCAUUGAAAAUUUCUGCAGCGUAUCGUUUGCUACUUCCGAACAGCAUGUAGAUGCCAGAGUAUCGCGAAUAUCAAGGGAUACACAAGACCUCGAAAAGUUCGUUGAUUGGUUUUCAUCGCACAAUCCCUUCCCAGUCAGCCUCGAGAUUAUGUCUAUCAGCACAGGAGUACAGGGAGAUGUGAAAAUCGACUGCUAUAGAGCAAACGAAGUCGGCGUGUUAUCAAUGGCAGCUAUCGUUGGCGGCAACUUUGGAGAUGUAAAAUUCCAGCGGAAGAAGAGAGUAAUUCCUUUAAGAGCAGUGAACUCUUCACUAAAUAUCCAAAAUGAAGUGGUUCCUGUUGAUCCUUCAUUAAUUUUUCAAAGAAUUACAAUUGCCAAGAAAACGGAACAGGAUUUGCAGCAAUAUUUUCACUUCGAAUUAGCUCCUUAUCCACUCUCGCUUUUUGAUGAAAUAGGAAUGCGUAAAACAAAGAAAUCAUCAUUAUAUAAUAUGUUUUCUCAUGUGGCUCAUCCGAUCAACGAUGCAGAUAACGUGGUACAUGUUAUAGACGGUGGAUUCCUUCUCCAUCGUGUGGUCUGGUACCAACAAGAGACGUUCGAUAAUAUUCUUUCGAAGCAGGGGAAACAGAAAUUCGUUAAGCUAUUGCAAAAAAAUAUGAAUUUACCAAGAACGGUUGGAAUCUUCAAAGACCCAAAUGCUUCUCCAGACCUGAUUGAGGCAGCCGGGAAAUCUUUCAUUAGAGCACUCUAUGGAGCGAGCGGUGACACAUCGUUAAAUGACUGCAGGUUUCAGUGCUUCACGAAAUCAAUUUCUAAGAGUGCUUGCAAUCUUGCAUCUUUACCACCAACCGAAGCAGCAGCACGGCAGCACUCCUUCAGAACCUACCAUCAGAUUCAAGAGUGGUACGGAAACAAGAAGAGUCCGCAAGAUUGGGGCUGGAAGAGUACGAGGAAUGGACUGACACCUAUUCCUACGCUAAUAGACGCUGCCCCACAGGAGCUUCUCAGCACAAUAUCUUGCAAGUGCAAACAAGGGUGUCGAGCAGCUUGUAGCUGCAGAAAGACUGGGCUGCGUUGCUCGAUAAUUUGCGGAAGCUGCCGGGGCCAGUCCUGCACAAAUGUCGAUAUUGAGGAAGAGAAUUUCGACGUUGAUGACGACGAUGUGCAUUUCGAACAUUCAGCUGCACAAGAUAUUUACCUGACUGAUUCUGAGAGUGAGUCAUCUUUGGUCGACAACGAGGGUAGGUUCGACGAAAGAGAAAUCACUGCUGAACCAUCGACUUCGGGUGAUAUACCAACUCAGGACGAACCUUUUACCCGAGAACGUCGUACUUUGUCAAAAAGAAGACGAUUGAAUUGA